GCAAGCCACAGCCACAAUUGUCUCCAGGUGGAAAACCGAUUUCUCGGCGAGAAAAGGUAUUUCAUCUCGUCACCUGUGAACGCAAUGACCGGGCAAUUAGCGUCCGAUCACUAUAUAUGACCCGGGGAAGCCCUGAAACAGGGAGGGGCAUUGCGGGGGAGAGACAUACUCGCAUAACGCGAGUUGAGGGGGGUCUGAUAGACAUCAUUGUUUGCCGACAUCCUGCCAGAGAGCAAUUGAGCAGAUUCCACACGAGAAUGAGGGAUACAGAGCGAGAGAGAAGGAGAAGAGGGCGCUGGCUGUGUGCGUUCCUCCGGGAAAUUUUGCGUUUGCGUUUGCGGCGGGCCAGAACUUUAGCGGGGUCUCCGCUUAUCAGUCACGUUAUCUGGAGGGGCUCAUCGUGAUUGCAUCACAUGAUCCCGGUUUGGCCCAUUUGCGGCCAACUGGAAACUGGAAACGGACAUUACUAUAUUAUC